GGCGUACGGAUAGGGUUAAAACCGACCCAAAACUGAUUCAAACGACGGUUGAUGUGUUCCCAGGUACCAGCACCCCCAUCGGCAUCAUCGCAGGAUCCAUCGUAGCGGUCAUCUUGUGUAUGGCUAUAGCCACCAUCAUGAUCAUCAUCCUACUGCGCAGUGACCAUGCCUCUGUUCCCUUCCCCGGGCUCAGUGCACAGCUCAGUGAGGACCUAUGUCGACCCGCACACCUACGAGGAUCCGAACCAGGCCGUCCGCGAGUUCACCCGCGAGAUUGACGCUUGCCACAUCACCAUCGAGUCGGUCAUAGGGGGAGGGGAGUUUGGGGACGUGUGCAAAGGCAAGCUGAGGAUGCCAGGUCGUCUGGAGAUGACGGUUGCCAUCAAGACCCUGAAGCCUGGGGCCACGGAGAAAAACCGACUGGAUUUCCUGACGGAGGCGAGCAUCAUGGGACAGUUUGACGACCCCAACGUCAUAUUCCUGGAGGGGGUCGUCACCAAAAAACAACGACGGCAAAAUAACGACGGCAAGUUCACCAUCAUCCAACUGGUGGGAAUGAUGAGGGGCGUGGCCUCAGGCAUGAAGUAUCUCUCCGAGAUGGGAUUUGUACAUAGAGAUCUUGCAGCAAGGAAUAUUUUAGUCAACGAGACGCUGGUAUGCAAAGUGGCCGACUUCGGCCUGUCGCGGGAGGUGGAGUCCGACACAACAGAGGGUGCCUACACCACAACGGGCGGGAAAAUCCCCGUCAGGUGGACCGCCCCGGAGGCCAUCGCCUUCCGCAAGUUCACGUCUGCGUCGGACGUGUGGAGCUACGGCGUGGUCAUGUGGGAGAUUGUGUCAUACGGGGAGCGGCCCUACUACAACUGGUCCAAUCAGGACGUCAUCAAGGCUGUGGAGAAGGGCUACCGCCUCCCACCACCUAUGGACUGCCCUGAGGCUAUUCACCAGCUCAUGCUAGACUGCUGGCAGAAGGAGCGCUCCCACCGGCCCAAGCUGGGCAUCAUUGUGAAAACUCUGGACAAACUGAUCCGGGCGCCUGAGCUGUUGAGGAAACAGGCCAAGCCCAG